AUGGGUCUUUCAUUCUCGCUACUCUUGUCUGCUUGGAAAGAAGUCUUGACCAACCAGUUUGUCAGUUUCAAGAACCCUAUCGAGAGGUUUCUUCAAGUCAGAUCCUUUGGCUUGACAUCAAGAACCAAUAGUUUGAAGAGUGAAAUGCCGGAAAACUCUUCCAAGACCGGUUUGGAGAGAUCUUUGAGCUUCAACAACUGGGAGACUCCAAUAGAAGCCAAGAAUGAAGUCACUGAACCGAUAAACCAGGAAGAAGAUGUUAAGAUUCUCGAGACGAAGAAGAACAAGCGCAACUCUUUGAAUGGACGAACCUGCGAGAGAAUCCAAAUAACGAAACCCACGAUUGUUCCUCCUAAGCCUUUUGUCUUCUUCUCCCCAAGACCGGUCACUGAGCUUGACGCAGCUGCAACUACGGUACAGAAGGUUUACAAGAGUUACCGGACAAGAAGAAACCUAGCAGAUUGCGCGGUUGUCGUUGAGGAGCUCUGGUGGAAGACUCUUGAUGCUGCAGCUCUGAAACUGAGCUCGGUUUCCUUCUUUGAAGAAGAGAAACAUGAAACCGCUGUUUCCAAAUGGUCAAGAGCUAGAACACGAGCUGCUAAGGUUGGAAAAGGCUUGUCAAAAGAUGAAAAAGCUCAGAAGCUCGCUCUUCAGCAUUGGCUUGAAGCUAUUGACCCACGCCAUCGUUAUGGCCAUAACUUGCACUUCUAUUACGAUGUCUGGUCAGCAAGCAUGAGUGCACAACCGUUCUUCUAUUGGUUGGACGUUGGCGAUGGAAAAGAUGUAAAUCUUGAACACCACCCAAGAAGUGUUCUGCAAAAAGAGUGCAUUAAAUAUCUCGGACCAAUUGAGAGAGAGGCAUAUGAAGUGAUAGUAGAAGAUGGGAAGCUAAUGUAUAAACAGAACAUGACUCUGGUCAAUUCGACAGAGGAAUACAAGUCGAUUUUCGUACUUAGCACCACUAGAACUUUAUACGUAGGGCAGAAGAAGAAAGGUGUGUUCCAACACUCGAGUUUCUUGUCUGGAGGCGCCACAACCGCUGCAGGAAGAUUAGUCGCCCGCGAUGGGAUCCUCGAGGCUAUAUGGCCUUAUAGUGGACACUACCUCCCAACAGAAGACAACUUCAAGGAGUUCAUAAGUUUCCUAGAAGAGAACAAUGUUGAUCUCACCAAUGUUAAGAGGUGCUCUGUGAAUGAGGAAUACUCAUCAUUCAAAUACGAAGAAGAAGCAGAGAGUAAACCUGAAGAGACCAUCAUUACAGAGGAGAAAGAAGAAGAGAAAGAGAGAGAAAGACCGGUGUUGGAGCUGGCGAAGAGGCUAUCUUGCAAAUGGUCAAGUGGGGUUGGUCCAAGAAUUGGGUGUGUUAGAGACUAUCCAAUGGAGCUGCAGUCACAAGCAUUCGAACAAGUCAGUUUGUCUCCUCGGAUUACGUCUGCUUCCGCACGUUUUCCGUCACCAUACGGUCCAAUUCCAUCUCCAAGGCCUAGUCCGCAAGUAAGAGUGUCUCCACGCUUGGCCUACAUGGGAAUCCCAAGCCCUAGAGUUCAAGUAAACUGUUAG